AUGUUCCCCUAUGUUGCGAAGAAGCAGCAGCAGCAGCAGCAACUGCAGCAACAGCAGCAGCUGCAGCAGCAGCAGCAGCAACCGCGCUUCCCUUCUUCGUGGCAGCAGCGGCAUCGCCGCAUGCAGCAGCAGCAGCAGCAGCAACGGCAGCAGCAACGGCAGCAUCAACGGCAGCAUCAGCAGCAGCAGCAGCAGGGUAUAGGCAGCAGCAACGAGGGAGGAGACGGGGGCUAUGUGCUGCCUUUAUUUGCUGCUACUGGUCUAACUGCUGCACUCAUGUGGCUGCUGGAGAGACACAGGAGGGCAGAAGCAGCAGCAGCAGCAGAAGCAGCAGCAGCAGCUGCAGCUGCUGCUGCUGCUGCUCAACGAACUGGCUUCGGGUGGUUCUGGCCUGACUGGGCCUUCUCCAACAACAGCAGCAGCAACAGCAGCAGCAGCAGCAGCAAGAACAGCAACAGCAGCAGCAGCAGCAGAUUGUGGGGCCCCCUAGAGGACCCUUUUGCCAAUUGGUUCUUUGGGGGCCCCCAAGAGCAGCAAACAUGGGGGGCCCCCUUCUCCCCCUUCCGUCUGCAGCAGCAGCAGCAGCAGCAGCUGCAGCAGCAGCAGCAGCACCGGAGUAUAUGGAAUGAUUCUGCUGCUGCUUCUUCUUUGCUGCUGUAUACAAUAGGUGGUGUCUUCCUCCUAUGGAGGUUUGCUGCAGCAGCAGCAGCAACAGCAGCAAGCAGCAGCAGCAGCUGGAGCAGCAAAUUGCUGCCGCUGCUGCUGCAGCACUUCACAACAUCUCGUGAGGCCCUAAGGGCAGGAAGACUUCAUACUAUUUUUACGGCCAGUAAGUGCAGCAGCAGCAGCAGCAGCAAGCAGCAGCAGCAGCAAGCAGCAGCAGCAGCAACAGCAGCAGCAGCAACAGCAGCAGCAGCAACAGCAGCAGCAACAGCAGCAGCAGCAGCAGCAGGAAGUAGUGUCAUUUAG